AUGUUAGAGACGGAAAAUGAAAGGUAUAUCAAGAAGGUGAAGAGUUUCAUCCUUACCUCAUUCGUUUCGACGGUUGCCAGCCUUUUAGAUAUCAGUGAAGACAGUUAUGCUGUGCGUUUGGGAAGCUUGCUUACAGGUAAAGCAGUAGAGAUAUAUACCUCAUUGUCCCCCGAAAUAACUGCUGAUUAUAAACAGUUGAAAAAAGCUCUUCUUAAUGGGUUUAGUAAGACCCCUAAUGGGUAUAGACAAGACUUUAGAGCUGCUAAAAUCAAGGUCGGGGAAACCUAUAAACAAUUUUCAAUUAAUCUCGGUAGACUUUUUGAUCAGUGGAUAGAUAGUAGCGGCCUCGAGAACUCUUACGAAUCGCUUAGAAGCUUCAUGAUACUUGACCAAUUUAAAUCAUCCCUUUCCCCGGAUCUUAGGAUAUAUAUCAAAGAGCAUAAUGUACCUACUCUUGAUCAGACGGUGCAGUUGGCUGAUAACUGGGCUGCCGCUCACAAUGCUUAUCCCAAGUCGAACACUACUUUCAAAACCAAGAAAAGUACGGAGAAUAAGCCCGUUAAUCAUGUUCCUGUCAUGAAGGAGAACUUUAUCAAAGAAAUCAAAUGUCACAAUUGUGGGGAAUUUGGUCACUACAGGAGUCGAUGCCCUAAAAAUCCUUUAGCUUUUAAGAGUAUUCCUUCAGAGAGGAAUCCUGAAAAGGUUAGCUUUUCAUUAUCAGAUUCAACUCCACGUAAAUAUCUGGCUAAUGGUACAGUAAAUGGGCAGAGGGUUUCCACUAUCCUUAGAGACUCUGGUUGUUCAUGUGUUUUGAUCUCAAACGAAGUACUGCCCGACAUUGAUAUCAGUAACAAUAAAUUAGUCAAAGUUUGCGAUUACUUGGGGCGAGUAGAUUAUUUUCCUCAGGUUCGCUGUUACAUCACCUGCCCCUACUUUGUUGGAUGGACGAAUGCCCUGCGAGCACCUCUCAAAUUUUGCAGUGUACUCAUCGGUAAUAUCCCAGGGGUACGAGAUUCUAAUUCAAAUACUGAUGUAUUUGAUUCUCCCGUUCAUAAGAAUGACCAGGUUCAGGCUAUACAGACCAGGGCGUACAAGAACAAGAGGAUUCAUCCUCUCGUUCUGCCUAAAUUGAAACCUGUAAAUAUCACUCCGACGGAAUUUGCGAAACUGCAAAGUUCCUGUCCCUCACUGUCUUCUGUCAGGGAAAAGGUCAAAUCGAGAGAACCUCAUAUGACCCGUGAUGGUAUGAUGUUUGAGUAUAUUGAAAAUGAUGGAUUGCUUUACCGCAAGUGCAUAAAAUAUAAAUUUCAGGAUAGGAUUGGGAAGAUGUCUUUAGUCGUGCCUGCCGACUGCCGAGCUAUAGUAACGUCAAUUGCUCAUGAGUCUCCUCUCGCUGGCCACUUUUCUCAUCGUAAGACUUUGAGAAGGGUAACAGAUCAGUUUUAUUGGCCAAGUAUGGGAAGUGACGUGAGAGAUUUUUGCCGAUCUUGUGAUAAAAGCCAACGAAUGUCACACAAAGGGCGAGUGAAACCCGUCCCUAUUAAACCCAUGCCGAUUAUUACGGAGCCCUUUUUGCGUGUUGCAAUAGACAUAGUAGGUCCCCUGAAUCCUCCCUCUGAUGAUGGACACAAGUAUAUUUUAACACUUAUAGACUACGCGACGGGCUUCCCUGAAGCAAUUCCGCUCAGAGAAAUAGACUCCGUGUCUGUGGGCGGAAGCUUUGCUCGUUAUAUUUUCCAGAGUAGGAAUUUCCAGGGAAAUUCUUUCCGACAGAGGCACACAGUUCACUUCACAACUGAUGGAGAAAUUCCGAGUGACAGGACCGGGUUUUCUGUCUUCGAACUCCUGUAUGGUCGUGCUGUGCGAGGUCCUCUGACAGUGCUAAGAGAUCUAUGGGAGGACAGGAGUAUCAAGGAUGACGAGCGAACUACUUUUCAGUGUGUCAUAGAGCUCAGGGAUAAACUAGAGGAAUGUGCUAAGAUAGCUGUUCAUAAUGCUGACAUCAGCUCAACCAGGUAUCGAUCUUAUUUUGACGUUAAAUCUCAAGAUCGUUCUUUCAGUCCAGGUGACGAAGUUUUAGUAUUAUUGCCAGAUACUGCUAAUAAAACUUCUAAUGACUUGGAGUGGUCCCCAUACGGUGAUGGAGAGAAGACAAUAAGGUAA